CCCAAAGCAGAUUCUUAUUCUUGCUCUCAUCAUUAGCUCUCCUCACCCUGGGCAGCAGGAGCUGAUGGGGACUGAGCAGAAGCCACCAGGGCCGAUGAAGCAUAAGACCUGCCAAACUUGUUCUGUGGCCACAGGUGGAUGAGCAGGUGGAAUCUCCAGUGCUACAUACUGGGAAGGAGGCUCCAGGUGCUGUCUCUGCCCCAGCAGGAAGCCGGCACAGCAUGGCAGCCACCAGCUUUGUGCAGGAGAUGAGCUCCGUGGGUGAGAAGCUGCUCCUCAAGCUGCACAGGCUACUACAGGCCGACCCUGUGGAGAUCGCGGCCUUCUCAGUUAUCCUCCUUUUCACAGCCACGGUGCUGCUGAUGCUGCUGUUGGUAAUCUGCUACUCCUGCUGCCCUCACUGCUGCUGCACUGAACGCAGGAAAGUCCAAGUGCAGCCCGAGACCACAGCGUGA